AUGGGUAUUGACAGUCCGGAACCAGCUGAUGACACCUCUGAUUCGGAAUUUGUUGUUUUAAAUAGCGAAGAAAAUAGGAAUGGGAAUCUUGAAAUGAACGAGUCUGUGCCAAUACUAUAUUCUGAUAUUACUAGCGAUGAGAACACUACUGAUCUACAAACGGAAGCGACAAACAGUAGCGUUGAUAAUAAUAUAGAUCAUAAUCGAAUAGAGCUUUCUCAGGACAUUACGAAUCUUAACACCCCAUAUAUAAAUCAAAAAGCAGAAGAAGAGGAAUGUGAACAAUGUGUUGUUGAUCGACUUACUUCAACCCAGAUUUCAAAAAAUAGAACUACUCUAAGAAAUCGUCGUGUUGCACCAAUACACACGCCGUCCAAACAGUUAAAAUCAAAUAUUUCAACAGGUCUGUCUACAGGGAUAUCAUUAACUUCAUCCUCAGCGGGGGAAGGUAGUAGUCGUGGUGUUAAAGGAAGUUCCAAUUGUAAAAUUAACGGCAGUAGUAACAUAAAUAGUAGUGGCUCAGAAUACGAAUGCAAUAUAUGCUUUGAUACAGCGUCAUCUCCAGUUCUUACACUUUGUGGGCAUCUAUUCUGUUGGCCUUGUCUUCAUCAAUGGCUAGAAGCGCAAUCUCAAAAUCCUUUAUGUCCAGUUUGUAAAGCGGGAUGUGGGCAAGAUAAAGUGAUUCCGAUAUAUGGACGUGGAAAAGAGGCAAAGGACCCUAGAAAAAAUGCAGAUAUUCCAAAUCGUCCUGCAGGUCAGAGACCACAACCACAGCGUGAUCUAAAUCAACCUGGAACCCAAUUCUUUCCAGGGUCUUCUUUUCAUUCCGCUGCGUUUGGUCCACAUUUCUCAAUUUCUGCCGGCACGAUAUUUCCAUCAUUGUUUGGUGCGCAAUUUACAUUCCCUCCGCCUAACGGCCCUCCUUCACCACAGCAGGCUUUUCUGUCGAGGCUUCUAUUGAUGUUUGGCUGUCUAAUUGUGAUAAUGUUUUUACUUUAUUGA